AUGGGGUUCUUUUCUAGCACACAACCACAACCUACCACCGUGUCGAGUGACGAGGUCAUACCUCUCCAUUUCUGGAAUACUGCUUUAUGUAUGACCGGCACGGUGCUAGAUGUCUCGCUUAAAUUUGAUGAUGUGUUGGAUAUCUCAAAACUUCGCGGCGCGCUCGAGCAACUACUCGAGAUGGAAGAUUGGAGACAGUUGGGGGCUCGAUUGCGCAUGAACAAGAAUGGGAAAUUUGAAUAUCAUAUUCCAGCACGCUUCGAUGCCUCGAGGCCGGCAUUCACCAUGACCAAUGCUCAGCAUAGGACAAGCAUUACCGACCACCCACUUGGCACCAGAAUACCGCAUGCAACCGAAAUGCCCGCCAUCUUUCCAUCCCCCGAUGAAUUAAGUCCUCUACUACGCAGCGUAGAUGCUCCAAAAUCCAUCAAUGAUUGGAUCUAUUCGGACCUGCCUCAAUUGUCUAUACACAUCAUCACUUUCAGCGACGCCACAAUAAUUACCGUGACAUGGCUACACACACUGGCUGAUGUUAUGGGAAUGACAAUAAUCUUGAACGCGUGGACUACUCUACUUCAAGGGAACCGAGAGGCGAUCCCCAAGAUACAAGGUUUCAGAUCAGACCCGCUCACGCAACUCGGUCAACGCACCCCGGCGGAAAAGUACAUGCACUUCAACCGUGUGUUUGGUCGGAAAGAGUUUUUGUGGUUUAUCGGGUUGAAUAUUCUUGACAGACUGUGGUACCGCGAGGAGCAGCGGCGUACAAUUUGUAUUCCCGCCGCAUGUUUGCGGAAUCUCCGCCAGCAAGCGUCUAGUGAGCUCUCUGCUUCCUCGCAGAAUCAAAAAGAGCCAGCGCCUUUCGUGAGUGAAAGUGAUGUGUUGUUAGGCUGGUGGGUGCGCAGUCUGUAUGGCGCGCUGGGGCUUAGAUCAGACCAAACUAUUCUGGUAAACAAUGCGCUAAACCUGCGAACCUCUUUGCAUGAAUCCUUCAUGUCAAACAAUACUACAUAUAUGGGGAAUGCACUGUGCAUGUCACCGACCUUUCUACAGGGCGGUCAAAUUGCCAACGAACCGUUAGGUCAGAUUGCUCUGCGGAUUCGACAAUCAUUAGCGGAACAGCGAACCCCAGAACAGGUAGAAGCCAUGACAGCACUGCAAAUGCAGACGAUGGAAAAGACCGGCUAUCUAGCCUUGGUGGGUGAUCCUCGGAUGACGCUGUUGUCUUGCUCCAACUGGCAUAAAGCCCGUCUCUUUGACAUGGACUUCUCAUCGGCCGUAUUACAAAGCUCGAAUCAGUCAAGGUCGCAAACCCCUCGGAAGAUAGGAAAACCAUCCUAUGUGAAUGGAGUUCAGCACUCGGUAAAUUCAUUCCGUAACGUUCUUUCGGUAAUAGGAAAGGAUGCUGGUGGGAAUUGGUGGUUGACCGGUGUUCUGCGAACAGAUGCAUGGGCGCAUGUUGAAGAACAAUUACAUAAAUUGGGUUCGAGUUAG